UGUCCGGAGAGAGAUUUCAAGGUUGAAAGGGGUGGAAUCUCUGAUCGCCCCAUCUACAGGCUCAAACAUGUCCCAGGAACCAGAUAUGAUUAAGCUACUGAGUGUCACCUCUCCCACAAAGACUGAAGAUACUUCCUGGUCCAAAAUUGCAACCAGCUGUGCCAAACCGGCCUGCGUCCUCCAUGGGCAAAGAAUCGCCAAUCUCCAAAUGACAGAAAUCGAAUCAGAGAAAAGUCUUUGGGUGGCCGGCUCUGCCAGCCUUGACAAAAUUGCCAGUCUGGACUUCCUGGAUGAAGCCACCGCUGUGGUGUGUGGUGCCAAAGGGCAGCUGUUCCUUGUGGACUUCCGGCAGCAGCAGGGGAUUCUGGGAGAGCUCGAGGAGGCUCAGACCCCUUGGGCCCAGAUGGAGGGUCUGAGCUGGUGUGCAGGAGUCGGCUCUGGAGAGGCGCCACUGAUUGCCCGUCUCUCCUUGGGUGGCCUCGUUGUGUUGACAGACAUCAGAUACCCUUCCAGUCCCCUGAAAAUGGCCCAGUGCUGUGCACCCACCUCUAAUCUCCGUGGGGCAGACUUCCUGUCCAUCAGCUUGGCUCCUGUACUGGGCGACAACCUGGCGGUGUCAGGUUUUGACGGGACUGUUCAGGUUUACAAUACACAGGACUGGGACUCCUCAGGGCAGGAAGCCAAGCCGGUGUUCAUUCACAAAGGACAUAUGUUCAGCACCCCAGGCAAGGAUGGGGGCAGCCCGGUGGUCACCACCCACACUUGGCACCCUUGGAAGCCCCAGACAUUACUCUCGGCUGCAAGCGAUGGAUCGCUACACGUGUGGGACUGGUCUGACCCUCAAACAAGCGAGCCAGUCUGACACCCUCUCUCUCCGCCCCCCUGCCUCCCCCUUGGGGAGUGUCCUCUGAGGUCCCCUGCUAUCUCCACCCUUCACAGCACAUCCUGGAGUAUCUGGAUCUAAUGAUGUUUGUGAAUAACCUUGGGAGACAGAAGGAAGAGCUACAGGCGAGCUGACAGUAAGAUAAGAGAUAGUUGAGCCUCAGCAGGAAAUGAGGUUAUGGAAAAUAUCUCUAGUUUCUUGGACUGUAAAAGUGAAGGGGGGUCACAGAUGUUCUUACCUUGCAAGAUGUUAAUAUAACCUUAAAAGAAAGAUAGAGCUAAUAUUUCUGGGUUGAGGGCUUUUCGGAAACUGAAGCCGUAUUUGCUGUGUGAGCAAGGAGACAGCAAGGAGCCUGGGUGUGGCUUAGCUCAACUAUAAAGCUGCUUGGUGCUGUGAAACUAAAACUGAAACGCCUCUGCUUGUGUUUUACAUUUGGAAGAGAUUUCUUUUCAGGUGGGGAGAGGGAGCAGAAGUCCUUAGCAUCAGCGUGUGUUAAUAAUAAUAUACAAAAUACUAAUGCUCUGAUGGUCAUUUCGAAAAAUCCUUUCUUAGUGAGCACCUAGAAG